GGUAUGCUGCUAAAGCGAAGCGGGAAGUCAUUGAACAAAGAGUGGAAGAAGAAAUAUGUCACGUUGUGUGACAAUGGCGUGCUGACCUACCACCCUAGUUUACAUGACUAUAUGCAGAACGUUCACGGCAAAGAAAUCGACUUGCUGAGAACCACUGUGAAAGUCCCCGGAAAGAGGCCACCCCGAGCUACGUCAGCUUGUGCACCUAUUUCCAGUCCCAAGACAAACGGCCUCGCCAAGGACAUGAGCAGUUUACACAUCUCGCCAAAUUCAGGGAACGUGACUACUAGCACAUCUGUGUCUCAGAUGGCAAGUGGGAUCAGUCUAGUCUCCUUCAACAGCCGCCCGGACGGUAUGCAUCAGCGCUCUUACUCGGUCUCCAGUGCAGAUCAGUGGAGUGAGGCAACAGUCAUUGCAAACUCUGGCAUUAGCAGUGAUACCGGGUUAGGAGAUUCUGUGUGUUCAAGCCCAAGUAUAUCCAGUACGACAAGCCCCAAACUCGAUCCACCUCCUUCACCUCACGCCAACAGAAAGAAACACCGCAGGAAGAAAAGCACAAGCAAUUUCAAAGCUGAUGGUAUCUCGGGCACAGCUGAAGAACAAGAAGAAAACUUUGAGUUCAUCAUUGUCUCUCUCACUGGCCAGACGUGGCACUUCGAAGCUACCACAUAUGAAGAAAGAGAUGCGUGGGUACAAGCCAUAGAGAGUCAGAUCUUGGCCAGUUUACAGUCCUGUGAGAGCAGCAAGAACAAGUCCCGCCUGACGAGUCAGAACGAGGCCAUGGCCCUUCAGUCCAUAAGGAAUAUCAGAGGCAAUUCCCACUGCGUGGACUGUGAAGCACAGAACCCUGACUGGGCCAGCUUGAAUCUGGGAGCCCUCAUAUGUAUCGAAUGCUCAGGUAUACACCGAAACCUUGGCACACACCUCUCCCGGGUCCGCUCUCUCGACCUGGAUGACUGGCCUAUAGAGCUCAUCAAGGUGAUGUCUUCUAUCGGGAACGAGCUGGCAAACAGUGUCUGGGAGGAGAGCAGCCAGGGCCAUAUGAAACCUUCGUCAGACUCCACAAGGGAAGAAAAAGAGCGCUGGAUACGUGCAAAAUAUGAGCAGAAGCUCUUCCUUGCCCCACUGCAGUGCCUGGAGCUUUCUCUGGGUCAGCAUCUCCUGAGGGCUACAGCCGAGGAGGACUUGCGGACGGUCAUCCUGCUCCUUGCCCACGGGACUCGGGAAGAGGUGAACGAGACCUGCGGAGACGGUGAUGGGCGCACCGCCCUCCACUUGGCGUGCAGGAAAGGCAACGUGGUGUUAGUGCAGCUCUUGAUUUGGUACGGUGUUGACGUGAUGGCACGUGACGCUCACGGGAACACGGCGCUGGCCUAUGCCCGGCAGGCCUCCAGCCAGGAGUGCAUCGAUGUUCUCCUCCAGUACGGCUGCCCCGACGAGCGCUUCGUCCUCAUGGCCACUCCAAACUUGUCCAGGAAGAACAACAACCGGAACAACAGCAGCGGAAGGAUGCCCACCAUCAUCUGAAGAGCUCACUUGUGUAUUCGCUGACCUGAAUUACAUCCGCAGCCCUCACAUUCCUCCAUCUCCAUCACAGGUCUUCUCUGUGAGUCUGAUUAACUCUCCUUUUCCCUUUUCCCUUCGGUACAUCCCUGUCCCAUCCGGAAACGGCGCAUCUGGAGAGCGCGAGGGGAUGAGAAGGAGCGAAAGGGGCUGCAGAGAAAGCAGUUGUUUCAGUGACAGCUCUCGAACGAUGGAAAUGAGCAGGCGAGAGCGCGUGGGUUGAGCGGGACACGCCGCGCGUGGCACCGGGACCAUGGGAGAGCGGUCGUCCCCAGGGGGGGACACGUAGGCUCGCUGAGCGUGGAGGGAAGGGGCGGAGGGAGAGACGAGCGAGAGGAGAAGGAAGGAGAGAUGGUGACUUUCCGUAACUGACAGUUAAGCACAUCAGUACAUUUCACCUCUACCAAACGCGACGCCUGGAUUUCAUUCUCUUCUCUGAAGAGCUUGACGGCAUAAAUCAGAAGCAAGCACAGAGUUUGUCAGGUUUGAAGCUCCUAUGAUGGUAUGUGUCAAAUCAGUUGUAGCUAAUCUGUCCGGGGAGAAUACUGGCUUCAUUACACUUGUAUAGUUGAGUUCUUCCAGCAUUACCGCUGUUUAAUAGAACAUGAUUAGUCAUCACGGAGAAAAAAGCAUAUUAGCUGAGGAGGUAGUUACAUGGCACGCUUCGGUGAUUGCUUGGAUGUGAUUGCAAUAUUCUUAGAAGCAUCAUAUUAUCUCAGACAUGUUCUUUCGAGCCCUUGGAGCCCUCCUUUCUAAAUUCACUGUCAUAAUUUAGUAUCUGUUUAAUUUUUCAGUCCAAAGAGAGGAAAUGAGUUGCUGAGUGUUAUUUGACUGCAGUCUCCUUGGUGUAAAAACAAAAUGGAAAAAAUAAAUAAGAGUAACUAUGAAACACAAAAAGGAAUAAUGAAUACCGCUAAGGAAGAACAUUUCAAGUACGUGUAGUGAAAUUAAUAAAUGCAUUAAAAGCUAAUAUUUUUUCAGCCAGCAGAAAUAGGUUCUGUCAUUUUGCCAAGGUAAAUGUGUUGAGUUUUUGGUUACUCCUGUGAUGCAUUGCCUAACUUAUACAGAUUUUUGUAUUGUGUCUCUAGAUUAUAUGUAUGUAAAAUCUAUUUGAAUAAAAAAAACAUAAAUAUGCAUUGAUUUUUUUUUGUACAGAAAAUGACAUCUCUGUUAAUUUAUAAACUGUAAUGGAUGUGAACUAAAUAAUGUGCAACUAGUUAGGAUCUGUGGGCUACAGAUCAUUGUACAUUGAAAAUAUUCCCAGCAGUGAACUCUUGUUUCCAUCGCAAGC